AUGAAUGAAAGAUGUAAAACCCUCGAAGCUCUGCUGGAGGAGACAGUAAAACAAAACGCAGAGAGACAAAAGGAGACAGAAGAAAACCACGCUGCUGCACUAGCAGAGAAGGAGCAGCAGCUGCAGCAGCUGCAGCAAGCGCUGCGAGAAGCGAUAGCGGCAGAAGAAAAUGCACAAAAAGAAAACGAAAACGUCAAAAACAAACUGAGAGAAACGGAGAGCAGCGCCAAAGGGAGAGUCGAAGAAGUGCUGCUCUCCGCGCGACGAGCAGCAGCAGCACGAGAAGCAGCAGCAGCAGAAGCUCUGAAACAGCUGCAGCAGCAGCAGCAACGCCUAGCAGCAGCAGCAGAAGAAAUAUCCAAUAUAACAAAAAGCAGAGAUGAGGCGCAGCAGCAGGCUAAACAAAUGGAAGAGGAGCUGCUGCUGCAGCAGCGGCUGGAGGCACUGAGUGCUGCUGCUGCUGCUGAUGAAGAAGGAAAGAGAGCAGCAGCAGCAAAGCAUGAGCAGCAGCUGCAGCAGCAGAAGGAGAAGCUUGAAGCAGAGAAGCAGCAAUGCAGCAGCAGCACGAAGCAAAACUAA